AAAUUUUAAAUUGAUGUAAGGAACAACAACUAUUUGAAAAUGUCUAUUUAUUUGAUAUGUCUAACGAAUAACGGUGGUCUGCCCAUUCUCACCCUUAAAAAGGGCGAAUGUAACAAUUUGGCUUUUUCUACUUUAGCUUACCUAAAUGGAUCUCCUUUGUUUUUUAAAUCGUUGGGCAUGUCUCUUUACACUACUUACGCGGAAAGUUGGACUUAUCUUUGGAAGGAUUUCAACGGCAGUAUUACCAUUAUCGUGUGUUCAAGUGGCGUAAGCGAAAAUAAUAUUGAACUUCUUGCGGAACUAGUUUUCGGAGCAUUUUCUCUAUUUGUAAAUCGAGAUGAGUUGUCCAAUAGCGCGUUAAUGGAACGCCUAAAGAAAGAAUCAAAACAUUAUCUACCAAUUAUUGAUGCAGCCUUAGAAUUUUGUACAAAUCAGUUAUUAAACUUUUCCCAUUGUCUUCUUUCAAACGAUAACGCUCAAAUACUUCAACGUUUAAAUGAAUUUAGUGUUCGUUGUGGUUCACUUUUUUGCUACCUUAUGGUUGGACAAAAUAUAGCAGUAGAAGUUGUCGAUCGGCAGCUUUUGCAACUUCUUUUAUAUACAUCUCUUAACUUACAGAACGAUAUUUCUGUAUAUUUACCGAAGAAGAGUCCAAAUGUU